UGGCAUAACACAAUACACUCGCAGUUUAUGCAUAUCUUUACCAGGUAAAAUCAUGCAGUAUUCCAAAAUCAACUUCAGGAACCAUUUCAGUUAUUUCAGAUCCACUAAAAAAUAUGUACUUGGUGGUAGAAAAGAACUGAUGACACCCAUAUAACCACUCUAUUUAGAGUGACUAUUUAGAAAUCCGGUACUUCCCAACACUUUCCAUAGAGUCCUAGCCCUAUCUCUCUGAUGAUAGUGUUAUGGGGCUGAGGGAGCUAUAUUUAGCUGGCCCUGUGACUGCACUGGCCAUGCUAGCUGGAUUCCAGAGGCAAGCUCCAGCUCAGCCGGACCAGCACCUGCUGUCAAAGCUAACUGCCACACUACCACCUAAACUCCUCCUGGGCCUGGACCCCAUUAACAGGGCCAACUCUCAGCAGCUAAAAAGUAAGUCCAUGACAGGAUUCAAUUCAAGCUGGUUUGAGGACUUGCACCAAGUGGGUAUCAUGAAUCAGAUAAAGUAGAAUGUGACCUGCUGUAUCAGUGCUGGGCUGGAUCUAACACCUCUGUCUCAGGCAUUACUGAGCAUCUGGCCCACCUUAUAGGAAAGCUGCCUGCUUGUUCUGCUGUGCCACAACAAAGAAAUUAAUUAGUUUUUUCCAAGUCUUUUAGGACUACCAACCCUCACGUUAUGUCAAAGAUAACCUUUCCUAAUGACAUUUUGAAUGAUGUGACGCCCUCAUCCUCUACUUCAAAAGCCAAUGAGCUUCCAACACAAAUAGAUGAGGAGGAGAAUAUCUCAGUGCUGGCUGAUGAUGCCUUGGAUGACUCAUCAAGUUCGUAUUGCACUGCCCUUUGCUCUCUUAGUGAGUAUAGUGAGGCUUUGGAGGAUGAGGCACACAUUCUUUGUGCCCAGACACAAUGUGAGCCGUCGUCAUCUGAACUUACACUCUGUGUAGAUCCUUCAGAAGAAAUAAGCUGCUCACCUGAGAUUAAUGUCUUGUUGCAAGAGUUCAGAUCAAAGGAGGAUGAAGAUAAUGGAUCUUCAGAGAACAAAAGUGAAGAAUCCCUUUGUGGACAUGAUGAAGCCUCUUUGUCUGUCACUGAUCCUCUGUUGUUAGAAUCAAAACCUCUUCAAUCAAGCUCUAAAAUAAAAAUUCUAAACCUGAAUCCAGCAAAUGGCAAUACUGUGUAUGCUGAACAAGACAGUACUCAUUCACUAAACCUAUCUAGGAAAGAUCCUUUAUCCAAACCAUGGGAUUAUUUCAGACAAAAUAAUCAAAAUGUUCAACCUGAUACUAUGCUUGAUGAGAACCUCAGCACUCUGCAACUCAGACUCACCCCAGCUUUAACUGAAGAACACCAAUUUAAGCUGUGUGAAGCAUCUUCGUCUGGUGCAAAUACUCUGUUGGUAGAAACUAAAUGUUUAUCAUCAAGUCUUAAAACACAACUUCAGAAUCUUAAUACUACAACCACAGACUCUGUGGAUACUGGAACAAAUACAGCUCAACCAUUUAACUCAUCCAGCACAGAUUCUUUACUAAGAACAUGGAAUUACUUUAGGAGUGGCAAGACUAGCGCUGACACCAAACAUGUUGAGAAAUCCGACUGCCUGGAAUCCAGAUUAGCCUCCAACAUUGUUUUGACCACAAGUGAAGGAAAUCAAUGUAGCCAGGAAGUGUGGCAAGAACAAACUGGCACUAAGCCAAAAGGAGUGCCCCCAACACAUCAGCAAAGCUUGACAGAGAGUCCCAAUAAGCUCAGUGCUGAGGAUAUGCUUGAAGGAGGCGGGUUUAUCAUUGGUCCUAUGAAAUGGGAGGGGACAGAGCAGGGUAUAGGGGUUGAAAAGGAGCAGGCAGAGCUGUCACUCAAAGCUAGAAAUAGAAAACUGCCUGCAAGCUGCAUCUCUACCCUCACAGCCAACAAGCAGAAGUCAGGAAUCCCGCCACACUGUUAUUCAGAGCGUAUCCUCGCAACUGGGCAGCAACACCAGCCACGGAGCCCUCCUGUUUCUUGGAGGUGGCAAAAGCAGAGCCGACAAGGUGUCUUGCUGUCAAGUUUGCUUCCCCCAAAACCCUGCGGCAGCUCCAGGCAACACUGCAGCACUGCAGACAAUACCAAAGGAGUGUACAGCAUGGCAACAAAGCUAGCUGAGACAAACACUGAAGUGAGGCGCCUCGCCACUCUGGACCACACAAGAUCCUCUUGUCCUGAAACAAACUGCUUGGAUGUUUUCAACUCUAGCUGCUGGUCCUCGGAUAGAGCCUUCCAUGAUUGGUCUUUCAGCUUGCCUAAAACAUCAACAAACAACCAUAACACUUCAGCUUGCUCAGAGGCUAGCAGUUUUGAAUGCAUUGAUGUGGCCUUGGAAAAUCAUGAAGAAGUAAACAGAGGGGCAAAGACUGUACCAAAGAGACAAAUUCAACUGAAAAGACGGGAUACUGCUGAUCCUCUUACAAAUGAAAACAGCAGCAGCAUUAUCAUCCAGGACCCAGCUACACCCAUCCGUCCUCGGGACAUCCUCCAGCGUCAGCACAGUACCCCUGCUGCAUUUCACCAGGACUCUUAUGGAUCAGAACCAAAGUCAGCCCAAAACGAGCGAAAGCAGAGGCUUCAGAAGUCACUUUCCCUUGAUGAAACAUCCAGCAAAACAAAAAAGGCUUCCUGCAUCAUUACAACUGUCCUUUCAAAGAAGAUGCAACAAGAAGAGAACCUUCGUGCUCUGGAAGUUUCUGACCGAGCCUUUGCUCCCACAAAAGCAUACAACACAACCAGCAACAAUGAAGACCUGACCUCUUCAGUUAAUGAGGUGUGCACUGAAACUACUAAAGUGAACCUGGCCACAGGUCCUCUCUUAUGUUCUUCCCAAAGUCCUACUCAAGAGACUGACUCACAAACAAAAGUCAGCUCUAUUAAAGAACAUACGGGCAUUAGCUCCAAAACACAGCCUAAACUGAUAACAAAACACAUCUUUAAUCCUGUACUCAGUGGCCUGGGCAGGACUGAGUUUCAGGGCAGUGGUACUGAAAUAACCGUCUCUCCAGAGAGUGAGAAAGAUAAGCUGAGCCCCAGUAAGGAGGUGGCACAACUUACCAGCCAGAGCCCAAGACAGAAGCUAUCCUGUGACUCAGCAAAGGGCAAAGCAUGGAACUCAAGUGCAGCGAUAAGCAGAGCCAUCGGCAAACAGGCUGCAGUGAAAACCACACCUGAGGAAUGCUGCACAGUGCAGGGAGGCCAGAAACAGAACAAUAUCAAGAGUGACCCCAGUACCAGUGUGGACAAGCAAGAGAAACAAGGUGAGAGUAAAGAAAGUACACAAUGUCUUGCAAUGGCUGGCUAUUUGGCUUAUGAUCUGGAUGCAAGAACAGCAAGUAAUGUCCUGUCCCAGCCUAUACAGUGUAGUCCUGUGAAAGAGCAGGAGAGUGAUAGUGGAGAUCCCAGGCCACCUGGGCAGCCAGUGAACAUGGGAAUUCAAAGCCAGGGAAAAUUUAAGACCAUAGCUCCUGUGCAUGUGGUGAGGGAUAUGCGGAGCCUGGUGAAAAACACAUACAACCGGUCAUUCAGGGGUCCUGGUGAGUUUGAGGACCGUACCCAUAGUUUUCCACCUGCAACACCUCAUCAAAUUAGCAGCAAGGGGGAGGACAAGGGAAAGGGAUACAAGCAAGAUGAAAAGCUACAAGUGCGGAAAGUGACUCCACCACUUGCACGGGACAGGAUCAGGGAUUUGGCCUCUCUUCAUACCACUCCCAGAGGAUGUGCAACUAAAGCUACCCAUCUCCUGGAACCACACAGGGACAAAGAUCCCAGUGCUGGAUUUAUAAAGGUCAACCCAAUUAUCACACCCGAGGCAAACAGUUGUGCCUUGUCAAAUUCUCCAGAGGCAAAGGACAGCCAGACAGCCAUCAGCCAAAUGGAUGUCCAAAGCAGCAACACAAAUUUGAAUCAAACAAACAGGGCAGGCAUUGCACUACAGACUAACAAGGGGACCUCAACUGAGAUAUUCAAAAAAGGACAGUCUGUGGACUCCAGCAACCCAGGAUAUGAGAAACACAGGGACUCUACUGAGCAUGAAAGGCAACCUCUGGCAGCUGCACUGCAGUACAGUCCACCUAUGGCAAGUUCUGACAAACUAGAUAGCUGUAAGCAAUCAGAACAGGCAUGCUCUACAAUCAAAGAUGGAUGUCAGACCCCAGGCCCACCUCCCAGAUCACAAAGUACAGCUGGGCCACCCUCUGCCUGCCUCUUAACUGUUGCUCCAACACCAGUACUCCCACCAUACUUCUACAAACCAAACCCAUUGGGCUACCAGACAAUCUCUCCUCAUAUGGGAACAGUUAGCUAUGUUCAAGGCCCUGUCUUGGUGCAAACACCAUCUCACAACCAGCCUGGUAUGGCAAAUGGUCCUGUCCCUUUGAUGAAAUCGCUGUCAGAGGAAGUAAGAUUUCUAUCUCAGCCAUGCCCAACAGAUGGAAAUGCAGCACAACAAGGCUCAUCUAAACAGACAGAGAAUGGAGAUACCAGACAGAAAAUGCCUUCUCCAGAUACUCAGCAGUGCACAACGUUCAUUGCAACCCUUGGUUCUGAGGUCGUACGAGGAAGUGCUGGAAUGCUGUACCCGGAAGUAGGUGGAGCUUUGGCGCAGAGUCCCCGCCACCUGCUGCUAGACCCCGAAACUGGCCGCUGCUUCUAUGUGGACAUGCCUCAGCUGCCGCAACGCAAAAUGCUGUUUGACCCAGAGACCUGCCAAUAUGUAGAGGUCCUAUUGCCACAGCAAACAUUGUCCAGCACAGUUAUGCCUUCCCCAUGUGCCAUACCCCUGCCCUCCCUUCAUAUCCCUGCCAUUUACAGUCCACAUUGCCUGCCUUAUGUCCAGGCACACCCUCAGGUUCUCCAACCACCAGGGCCUUGAGAUCUUACAGGGCAUAUGACUUCAUAGUACAACUGAAUGCAGGCCUUUUGAACUAGAUGACCCACAGACUUUUAAUGCUGAACAUGAGCUGCUUAAAGACGCACACCACUAUCUGAAGAGACACUAUAACAGACAAAAUCUUAAUAAUACAAACUAUCUGUUCAAUAUUCCAUCUCUGAUAAAAAAAAAAAAAACUACCUCCAGGAAUUUUCAGCUGACAUGGGUGAGUCAUGCCAUCAUUGUGUUCAAUUUUGCAGGAGCCGCAUAAAACUAUUUAAACACUUAGACAAACAAAUAUACGCACACAGUUACUGUACUUGUGAAAAAAAAAACAGUUUGGUAUGAGUAAGUGUAAGUACAUUUCAGUUAUCUCACAAAUAUACCUAAACUGUCCUUAAUCAGUUUUGUUAUUAAAAAAAUAGAAUGCAUUGUUUUUUCAUACAACAUCUAAGUGGUUAACAUCAAAUGUCAGUUACUCACAUGCGAAUACCCCAUUGUCCUUACAUGAAUAGAUGCAUAAGUAGCCACACACUAAACAUGCAGCAUAUUUGGGUCAUUCUAUCAUUGUGUAGUAAAUGGAGUAUGAAAGUGUAAAAGAUAGUUGAAAUGCCACUGACUUUAUCACAAAAAUCUGAGCUUUUUUCAGUCACUUUUCAGUUACAUCAUAUCUAUAAAAACUUUUAUUUUUCACAUUGUUAUUUUAUUUAAAUUUAAAAAUCACACCGCUGACAAUCUUUUUGCAACCUGUUAGUACUUUAGCCCAAAUUGAUCAGAAAUCUAAAAUUCCUCAGAGUUAGUCAUGUUUUGUAAAUGACAUUUUAUGUUUCUGUAACACCACUGAGAGAUAUCAAAAUAAAAUCCUCUUUACAUAAUCAAAAUAAUUUUGAUAUAGGACAGAAAAUAAUUUGAAAAUAUUUUUACAGUUUGAACUGAAAAACAAACAAUUGUUCCUUGUUUCAAAUGCAAAUAAUCAGUCACGGCUGUUUGUCAUGCACAAUAAAAUCACUAAAACAAAAAAAAUAAAAAGUAAAAACUAUAAUAUUUUUGAUGAGUAAUUUAAAAAUAAAACAAAUAAUACAUAUAGAUCAACCUUUUGUGCUUUACUUUUGUUUUAAGCUCAUUGUCAUAGCUGCAAAUUUGUGGAACACCAUUUGUCAGAAGAAGCUUAGGUCAACGGAAAAUCCCAGGUACACAAGAGUUUUUAACAUGUUUAGCAUAUAAUGAAUGGGUCACUAAUUAAGUGAACAGUCUCUGGAGCUUGAAUCAAAUCAAAUAUACAUUAUUGACUGUAAACAUUGCUAAAAGCAGUUUCUUAAAACACUUAGUAACAACACAACAAAAAGAAUAAGCUGCACAGUGUCAUUUUAUUUUGAAAUAGUUAUGUUCAUUAUAACUAUUAUAUGAGCUAAAAUUGUUUAAUUGGAACUGAUCCGCACAGUAUUGUAAAGUAUGUAUCGGGUCACUUUCCUUUGGUGCCUUGUAGAUGUGUUUAUUGUUCUCUCUCUGUCACUUCUGCUUACAAGAGGUCUGUGCUCUCACCGAAGGCCUCUCUGCAAAUCCCACUGAACUUUUGUGAUGAAUGAGCUGAAUGAGGGAUGGAGAUCUGUCUAUGCUUCUUUUAAAUCAAUGAAAACAGAAACAAAGAGACAGAUCCACAGACCAGUGCCUAAAUCAGGAGUAUUUAGCUGAAAUGUUGCACUGCCCUUAGGCACUCUUGUACACAUACACAUCCCACCUAACGAUUAAUUUACUAAGACAAAAGAGGGUGUAUAUUUUUUAAACUUUAGAAGUAUGUAUGUCAGAUACAUUGAUUGUUUUAACAAUAUAUCAAGCCUUUUUCUUAAAUAUCCUACAUCACAUAGUAGAACUGUGUUCAUUUAAGUUAAUGCUUAACAUUGUAUUUUUACAAAAAGAUGUAUGAUUGCAUCUUUACUCUUGUAGAAUCUGAAGAAUUUUUUUGAGUUUUUUGUUGAUCACUUUUGAAUUUUGUAUACAAUUAAAUACUCACAAACAAUUUACGCUCCAUUUAUUUUAGCCAAAUUAAUCACCUUCUGCUCAAUGUCAUUCUGAAUUAAAAGACCCGCUCACAGUU